GCGAGGACAUCAACAAAGCGAGCUUGCGAGAUUACAACGGCUGCGAAUAUUCCGUUCACGACCACGAUAUUUUUGUCCACUUAAUAAGAGUCUGUGGGUGGAACUUGUUGCAAAGAUGACGCUUGCUGAGGAGUUCAAGUCGAGGAAUUUCAGUAUAUACGGUCAAUGGACCGGCGUGCUGUGCAUAUUCCUCUGUUUCGCGCUUGGAAUCGCCAACAUCUUCCAUUUCAACCUUCUCAUCAUUUUCAGCGUGAUAUGUCUGGUGUGCGCCUUUAUCAUCAUCUUCAUCGAGAUCCCGCUCCUCCUUCGCAUUUGUCCGACCUCCCCCGCCUUUGACGGCUUCAUCCGCCGAUUCGAAACAAACUACAUGCGCGCCGCCAUCUAUGCCGUCAUGAGCGUGAUACAGUGGAUUAGCAUCUCGGUCGCAGCCUCGAGUCUGAUUGCUGCGGCUGUUCUGUUGUUGAUUGCAGCCCUGUUCUAUCUGGCCGCUGGCGUCAAAGGCCAGGCGUUCCAAGGUAGCAAGACGCUUGGUGGCCAGGGUGUUGCGCAGAUGAUCAUAUAGAGACUUGGUGGGGAGAGGGCUGUUGUCGGUGACAGAUUGGAGAUGUCAUGGAUAGUGUUUGCGGUAGUCCCGCUCUGGAUGGUGGUGCAAUGCAACAGGGGACCGGAGAAGGCGAAAGCGAU